GAUCGCCGUGGUGGCCCGGAGGCACUGCCGAGGCCAGGAUGAUGGACGACGACACGGAGCUGAGGACGGAUGGGAACUCCCUCCUGAAGGCGGUGUGGCUGGGGAGGCUCAGGCUGACCAGGCUCCUCCUGGAAGGGGGCGCUUACAUCAACGAGAGCAACGACAAAGGGGAGACGGCCCUCAUGGUGGCGUGCAUCACCCAGCACGUGGACCAGCAGAGCACCAGCAGGCCCAGGAUGGUGAAGUACCUGCUGGACCAGAGGGCAGACCCCAACAUCCAGGACAAGUCCGGCAAGACGGCGCUCAUCCACGCCUGCAUCCGGAGGGCGGGGGGCGACGUGGUGUCGCUGCUUCUGGAGAACGGCGCGGACCCCAGCCUCGAGGACCGUACGGGGGCUUCAGCCCUGGUCUACGCCAUCAACGCCGAUGACAAGGACGCCCUGAGGCACCUGCUGGACGCCUGCAAAGCCAAAGGGAAGGACGUGAUCAUCAUAACAACCGCGAAGUCGUCGUCAGGCACCAAAACCACCAAGCAGUAUCUCAACGUCCCUCCUUCGCCCGGAGGGAAAGACCGCCAGUCCCCGCCACUGUGCACGUCGCCCUCCGACAUUGAACUGAAGGCUCCAGGCCGGGGCGCCCCACCCACGGAGAGGGAGGAGGACUUCUUCAGCCUCCAGUCAGGGUGUCUGAGUGCCUGCAACAUGGCCAAGGCUCUCAACGAGCCCGGGUCGCCCCUCAGGAAAGUGGGGAACCUCAAGCGGGCCCGCCUGCCCCAGCUGAAGAGGCUGCAGUCCGAACCCUGGGGCCUGAUUGCGCCGUCCGUGCUGGCAGCCAGCGCACGUCAGGACGAGACCCACGGCCCCAGCCCGGACAGUGAGGUCAUCAAGAGCUUUAGCGAUGUGUCCUUCCCCAAGAGGGGGCCGCUCUCCAGAACCAGCAGCAUCGAUGGCAAAGACCCCACCUUCUUCCCCACCGUUGCCGAGCAGGUGCAGAAGAUCAUGGCCUCCCCAGGACCAGCAUCCUGGAAGGCCGCCCAUGAGAAGGGUCAGGCUUCCCACCCCCGUCUGGCCCGGAGAGGAACUCUCCCCAUCGACCAGGACAAGGUGGGUAUCGGUCCAGCAGGCCCCCCUGCUCUCAAAGAUCCCGUGUCCCUCAAGUGGCUGGAGAGUGAUUUGCACGACUUAGAUUUACAGGCUGGGGCCGACCAGCUCAGCUCGGUCUCCCUGGAAUCGAGCAAAGGGCCCUUGGACAGGAAGAGGCUCGACGGCUCCCUCCUGGCUCUCUUCCACGGCUCGCGGGAGUCCCUGGAUGCCAAGCCCAGCGCGUCCCCCAGCUCGGCGCGCCGCCGGCCGCCGCCUCUCCUGGAAAGGCGAGGUUCUGGAACUCUGCUGCUGGACCGAAUUUCGCACACCAGGCCCGGCUUCCUGCCGCCUUUAAACGUCGGUGGGAACCCACCUGUCCCUGACAUCAGAUCCAGCAGCAAACCGUCUUCUCCACUCGCGAGCGGCUUAAAAUCCAUGGUUCCCGUUGCGCCCAGUUCACCGAAGAGAGCAGACUUGAGAGGCAGACGGGCGCUCCUGCGGAGACACUCCAUGCAGGCCGAGCAGAUGAGGCAGCUGUCUGACUUCGAGCAGACCGUCACCUAGCAGCGCCCGGCAGGCUAUAAACCACAGAACUCCGCGCAGUUACUGGA